AUGGCUGAAUUAGCUGACCACUUUGGAGCUCUCACCAAGGCUUUCACAGGACUUGGUGUGGAUGAACAGUCAAUAAUAGAAGUACUAGGGAAGUGGGAUCCGGAUCAAAAGCAUUCUUUUAGGAAAAACAGUGUUGAAAUUUUCAAGGAGGAUGAACGUCAAUUCCACCGAUGGGAUAAUCGCCACUUUCACCGUCUCCACCAUGAGUUCCUUCGUUUCAAGGACGCAGUGGUACUUUGGACAAUGCAUCCUUGGGAAAGAGAUGCCCGGCUGGUGAGAGAGGCAAUCCAAAUGGGCACACAAUAUGCAAAUAUCAUUGUAGAAGUGGCAUGCACUAGAUCUUCAGAUGAGCUUUUGGGAGCAAGAAAAGCCUAUCAUUCCCUGUUUGAUCACUCAAUUGAAGAGGACAUCGCCUCCAAAUUCCAAAGCCCUGACAAGAUGCUUUUGGUGGGAUUAGUAAGUGCAUACCGUUAUGAAGGUCCCAAAUUCAGUGAAGAAUUGGCAAAAUCUGAAGCCAAAACCCUGCAUUCUCUCAUAAAAAGUGCUGCUAAUGAUGAGAAGCUCAUUGAGAAGGAAGAGAUUAUCAGUAUACUGACCACAAGAAGCAAGGUUCAUCUUCGGGCAAUUUGCCAGCAUUAUCAAGAACUUAGUGGUACUGGUCUGGACGAGGAGGUUGGUGAUCACACACUCAUAAAACAAGUCAUUCAAUGUCUUUGCAACAAAGAAGCAUACUUUUCUGAGGUUUUGGAUGGGGCCAUUAGAGGCAUUGAGGAUGGGAAUUAUGCAAAAGAAUCUCUGACUAGGGUGAUCGUAACCCGGGCAGAUGCAGAUUUGAAGGUUAUUAAAGAAGUUUACAAAGAAAGAUGUGGAGUUUCUCUACCUGAUAAAAUUGAAGAAAUUGCAAACGGGAACUUCAAGAACUUUUUGCUCACUUUAAUUGCAAGGGAAGAGUGA